AUGUCUACUAUCUGGGAAAAAUUCUUGGCCGAUCCAAACAUGCCUCUAACCUGGGCACGGGCUGGAAAAAUCGGCGACUCAUUGUGGAGCAAUAUCGAUGAUUACUUUCUCUGCGAAGCCCUCCGCCAAAGCGAUCUGCAAGUCUGGUUUCUCGGAGGACAUGGCUGGACCUACCGAGAUGUGACGGAGAGGUUCAACCAGAUGCAAGCCAUGAUGGGUGUCUAUGCUGCUGAGAGCGUGCUCAACAUCAUUGGCAGAAUCGUGCAUGGGGGUUUGGGAAGGCAGAGCGAGACUUCACCAAUGGCAUCGGAAUUUGAACAUCUGCCACCACCGGACAACGCAACGAUCGCACACUACGUUACGACGGUACCCCUUUAUCACGGCGGUGAGCCUUAUUUCAUGUGGCAAGGGUACGAAGACCUCGUCCUGAGGACCCUCUCAAGAAGUUUCGACAACAUACUCCCGAAUGGAAGUGUUGAUUGGAAUUGGGUGGCGCUGGCCAUGAACAACGUCCGCACUCAACGCCAUUGGCCAAUCAACAGGAAUUAUACUACCAGAAUGUGUGAAAGAAGGGAGGCUUUGCUGGCAAAGUCGGGGCUGGCAGCCAUGGCCAUUCCAACCCCAGCGGCGCUGGCCUAUAUUCAAUGGAGUGAUUGGGAGGUAUAUGAACCCUAA